CUGUUUCUUUUGGCGAGGUGGCACCAGGUGAUGCCAUAAACGACAAAUGAUGGUGUGCGCCAUACCUCUGUUGCGUCUUCAUUUUUUGGAGAAGACACGCCAGAAAAAGCGACACGCGGAGAGACAGAAAAUCCCGAGAGAGGCAGAGGAGAAGAAGAGACAUAUCAGUUUUAACGAACUGUGAAGUUGAAGUCGCUUUUUGUCCCAAAUGUCCAUAGCGCGCGCCCUCUUAACUCGCCACAUAUCUUUUUGAUAUUUUAUAAUGGGAAGAUGAAGUCACCCAAUUCACCCCCCCCCCCCCCGCCACCACCCCCCUCUCCCCUUCACAAUCCUUCUCUCAUUCAGGCCCGUUGUCCAUAUGUUUAAUUAACUAGUCUGAUGUGUAAGUACCUUCAGCCAGCGAAGCGUGGGCGGCGGGCUGCGGGCUGCGGGGUAAAGAGACUGCCGGAGAAUAUUUCCUUAUUUCUCUCCGCCCGGGCGCUCGGUCGGCUGCCGGAGCAUCACCUCUGUCGUGCGGCGUAGAAAGCUACAAAAAUAACUCGAGCCGUUUAAACUUGUUCCGAAUUGUUGAGGUUGUUUUUGGAGUGCAGUGCUCGUUCGGAGCGCGCGCGAGGGAGAGGGUGAGUGAGAAAAGAGAGAGGGAGAAAGUGUGCGCGUGUGUGCGCGUUUUGAUGUUAUUUGUGACGGAAUCCCCCCUUCAGUCUUCAAGAAUCCGCGAGCGGCGCGAGGAGGAGAGGAGGAGGCGCGCGGACCUGUCCACGAGCCACUGCGGAACGCGCGGGGCUGCCGCUGGAGAUUCCAAACCAACGGCUAUUUUGGAUUGUAGAGUCUAACUGAUCCCCGCACUUCAACGGCUUUUUUAUUCCCCCUUUUCCCAGUCCAUCUCCACCGUUGAAUGAACGGUGUUUGACACCUUAACCGAGAGGAAUACUACCUAUCUACCGGGGGUGAGGUGCUGGUGGAGGUCUUCAGAGGCAGACAGGUGGAUUUAUCCGUGCGGUGGUGUGUUUUUUGGGGGGGACUGGAUGGAGGAGAAAUUGAUGGAUUAAUUUGACGGAGAAGAGUCGUAUAUGAUUCACACUCCUGCCGAGGGCACCCGAAUGGAGUAACAGGCUGCAAUGUCAUCUCCACCUGGCCGCCUGGAGAGAUGUGUCACGGGAAUGGGAUCAAGUUUGAACACUUUUCCUCUGGUUUCACUGACGCUGUGAGAAGGAACCAAAAUGCCAGUAAACGGACAGGUCACGGUGGCUGCCUGCACGGGCCCUCAGACCACGGCAGUAGAACUCAGCAUUCAUCGCACGGACUCCGAAGAAGAAGGCGCAAAACCUCCGCGACCGCAAACCUGCAGCAGCCACGCUUUGUGACAACGAAGGGUAUGAUGGGUGUAGUAGGCUGGCUGUUGCUCCUACUCUCCCAGAUGAUGGUGCCUGUGGCGUCCCAGAAGCCUCCAGGGCUCAGUGUGGGUGUGAUCAUGGCCCAGACGCGCUACAUUUCCGAUCAGGAUCUCCGCCCAUCUCGGCGCCCUGAUGAUGCCCUUGAUGUCUCCGUGGUAAUACUGAGGAUCAACCAGACAGACCCAAAGUCUGUGAUUACACAGGUGUGUGAGCUUCUGUCACGCACUCGUCUCCAUGGCCUUGUGUUUGCCGAUGGCACCGAUCAGGAGGCCAUUGCCCAGAUCCUUGACUUCCUCUCCGUUCAGACGCAACUUCCAGUGCUGGGAGUCCACGGAGGCUCCUCUAUGAUUAUGGCUGACAAGCGGUGGAGGGAGGAUGAGAAGUCCACUUUCUUCCAGUUCGGUGCGGCUUUGCAGCAGGAGGCUUUGCUCAUGCUUUCCAUCAUGGAGGAAUAUGACUGGCAUAUUUUUUCUAUCGUCACUUCCAAGUUCCCCGGUUACCAGGAUUUCAUCAGCACACUGAAGAUAACCGUGGAUCACAGCUUUGUGCGCUGGGACCUGCAGAGUGUGGUGACUCUAGAUGCCGUAGAUGGCGACCCAAACUCUAAAUCACACAUUGCCCUCAAGAGGAUCCAGAGUCCCGUUAUACUCCUGUACUGCUCCAAGGAUGAGGCUGUGUAUAUACUCGAGGAAGCUCGGUCCUUGGGCCUGAUAGGAGCUGGUUACAUUUGGAUUGUGUCCAGUCUCACCACUGGCAACCCAGACUUUACCCCUGAGGUGUUUCCCCUGGGUAUGAUCUCCGUGUCAUAUGACGACUGGGAAUACCCGCUGGAUACACGGGUACGGGAUGGGGUGGGCAUCAUUUCAUCCGCGGCCACCUCCAUGCUGCGGGAGAAGGGGGAGCUGCCAGAGGCCCAGAGCAGCUGCUACAGCACACCGUCAGACAGGAGCCCGGGGAAGCUCCCACCUAGUGCCCUGCGCAGACACAUGAUGCAUGUAUGGAAUGAAGGGCGUGACUUAUCCUUUACUCCAGAUGGUUACCAGGCCAACCCCAAAUUGGUUGUCAUCGUCCUGAAUAGUGAAAGGAAGUGGGAGAAGAUGGGCCGUUGGGAGAAUGGGACGCUGGCGUUGAUGUUCCCAGUGUGGCCGAGGUAUAACUCCUACGGGGAUGAGGAUGCAGAUGAAAACCAUCUCUCAAUCGUCACCCUGGAGGAGAAACCUUUUGUCAUUGUCGACAACGUGGACAUCCUCACCGGCACCUGCAUGAGAAACUCUGUGCCCUGCCGCAAGCAUGUCAAAAAUAACAGCACAUCAGGAGGUUCCUACAUUAAGCAGUGCUGCAAAGGUUUCUGCAUUGACAUUCUAAAGAAGAUAGCCAGGAACGUCAAGUUCACUUAUGACCUGUACCUGGUCACAAAUGGAAAACACGGCAAGAAGAUCAACAAUGUGUGGAACGGCAUGGUUGGAGAGGUGGUGUAUAAGAAGGCGGUGAUGGCAGUCGGUUCAUUGACCAUCAAUGAGGAGAGGUCAGAGGCCAUUGACUUCUCUGUGCCCUUUGUGGAGACUGGCAUCAGUGUCAUGGUGUCACGUAGCAAUGGGACCGUCUCUCCUUCUGCCUUCCUCGAGCCCUUCAGUGCAUCAGUUUGGGUGAUGAUGUUUGUGAUGCUGCUCAUUGUCACAGCCAUCGCCGUCUUCCUCUUUGAGUUUGUCAGUCCGCUGGGCUUCAACCGCAACUUGGCCCAAGGCAAAGACCCACAUGGUCCAUCAUUCACCAUUGGUAAGGCCAUUUGGCUGCUGUGGGGUCUGGUGUUUAACAACUCUGUACCCGUGCAGAACCCAAAGGGCACCACCAGUAAGUUCAUCGUAUCAGUGUGGGCCUUCUUUGCCGUCAUCUUCCUGGCCUCCUACACUGCCAACCUGGCUGCCUUCAUGAUCCAGGAAGAGUUUGUGGACCAAGUCACCGGACUGUCUGACAAGAAGUUUCAGAGUCCAUAUUCCUAUUCCCCUCCAUUUCGCUUUGGGACGGUUCCCAACGGCAGCACUGAGCGCAACAUCAGGAAGAACUAUCCAGAUAUGCAUCAGUACAUGACCAAAUACCAUCAGACUGGUGUCCAUGAUGCACUGGCCACCCUCAAGUCUGGAAAGCUGGAUGCUUUCAUUUACGACGCUGCAGUGCUGAACUACAUGGCUGGCAGAGACGACGGCUGUAAGCUGGUCACCAUCGGCAGCGGGUACAUCUUUGCCACCACAGGUUAUGGUAUCGCCCUGCAGAAAGGAUCUUACUGGAAACGCCAUGUUGAUCUGGCCAUACUGGGCAUCAUAGGAGAUGGGGAGAUGGAGGAGCUGGAGGCCCAGUGGCUGACAGGGAUCUGCCACAAUGAGAAGAACGAGGUGAUGUCCAGCCAGCUGGACAUAGAUAACAUGGCAGGUGUCUUCUACAUGCUGGCCACAGCCAUGGGCCUCGCCAUCCUCACCUUUAUCUCUGAACACCUUUUCUACUGGAGGCUAAGAUACUGCUUUACUGGUGUCUGCACUGGGAGGCCGGGUCUGCUGUUCACUAUCAGCAGGGGUAUAUGGAGCUGUAUCCAUGGUGUUCAUAUAGAUAUGAAGAAAAAGAAUCCUGAGCUGGACUUCAGUCCUCAAGCCAACAUGCUGCAUCUGCUCAAGUCCGCCAAGUCCAUGGCUUUGUCUUCUCCCAAACGCAACACUGUAGUCUUGCAGCCUAACAUCCUAGAUGUGAUGACGGGGAAAGGUAACUCACUCCAUAGUCUGCCCCAGAAGGGUCCUGGUCUCUAUAGCAACGCCGCUGGCCCGCACAGUUUCUUGUCAUUGUCCGGGCGACACAAAAACCUCCUUAACAAUGCUGCGCCAUUUCCUGUGCAACAAAAAGCCCCCCCUCUUCAAACCAGCCCCAACAAGCCCCAGCUGUCAAUCACCAACGACAACGGCAAGACCCGCCUCGCCGGGCCGGCCGUCUCUGCUGGUCCACAGGCCUCUAAACCUCGAGCCCUAUGGAAGAAAAGUGUGGAGACAUUGAAGACCCAGCCUACUGUCGUAUCUCCCGGCCCAAGCCCCGUCCCAGCAUCUGGACCUGGACCUCCACCAAUGAAGAGCCAGCGUUACCUGCCUGAAGAACCGCCACACUCUGACAUCUCAGAGUGCUCCAGCCGGCCGCCAUCACACAAAGAUUCUGAUUCCAUGGCGGCUAGGGGUGGAUUCAAGCCUAUCAAUCAGCUGAGGAAGAGGGUUGGGGGAGGAGGAGGAGGUGGGGGUGGAGGAUCCAAGAUCUACUCUAUUGACUCAGACCAGGCCAGUCUCCAUUCCGCUCCGCCCUACCAGCGAGACAGCCAGGGGGGAGGUGACGACCACAGUUACCCCCCUGACCUGUUUCCACCUGACAGCACAUACUCACACAGUCACACACUCUCCCACCAGGCGGACGCACCCAUUUUGCAGCUGAGUGCCAGCCUGCUGCACCACAGUCACAGUGCAGAGGCUGACCUGCACUCCCUGAAGGACAAGAAAUAUAGCACCUACACACACAGCAGUGCGAAGGACAAAGCCGGAGGUUCAUUCGAAGCUCCAGGUGCAGGACAGGGGACACAAAGCGCCAGGCCCGGCCACUGUCGCUCCUGCCUGACCAAGCUGAGCGGUUACUCCGGCCUUUACACUGUCCGCUCACCACAGGCUCGCUGUGAUGCCUGCGCCCACCUGGGAAACCUGUACGACAUCAGCGAAGACCACCUGCACUCACACUACUCCCACACACACACUCACCCACACAGCGGGGACAUGUUUACACACUACCUUCCCCAGAGCGAGCUGGGCCUGGUGGGCGAAGGGGACGGGCUUGUCAACCCCUUCGAGCCCUCCCCUUCCUCUCCAUCUCCUCUCCCCACCUCCUCAUCAGCCCAACACCUUCAGCUGAGUCGUCAGCACUCCUACGAGAACGUGCUUCCGGACGGCGUUCCCGAGCGUCAGUCGCAGCUGCACGCCCACCUGCGGGGGCUGAGCCUGCCUGACAGAGAUAGGGAGAGGGAGCUGACCCUGGACGAGGGGGCCUAUGCUAAUGUUCUCACAAUGCGCUCGGAUCGUCCGUUCAGCAGCCGCAGCCCCCCCUCUCCGUCACCCUCCCACCACCACAGUCUGGACGCCCCUAUGCCCCUCCCCCGGCGCUCAAAGAGUCUCUUCCCUGAUCGCCCCUCUCACAACCCUUUCCUCCAGUCAGCUCCUGGCACGACACAACGAGAUCCCUCCCCCCAGGCUGUCACACGCAUGCCACAGAGAAGUUCCGCCCACGAGCUCUAUAAGCAGCGAAUGCCGCUGUCGCUUACGCUAGGUAACCAUGGCAGCCAUCACAACAACCAGCAUGGCGGCCUUGUCGACCAACAGGUGUUCUACCCUCAACAGGAGCCCCCUGUGGUGGCCUACAUGGUCCCACCUGCCGCCGCUCAGCCAAUGAACUAUGUGACAGCGCCGCGAGCCUCGAGCGCAGGUGGCAACAGACCCCGGCUCUACCGCCGCAUGCCCAGCAUCGAGUCUGACGUCUGAGAGUCACACGCAACACACUUACUCUCACUGAAACACACUAGCACACACGCAUGCAAGACAGAGGUGCGUGUGACCGGACCAGGCAGCUCUGAUUCUAAGCACAUACACAGAAACACACAGACACAUACAGACACACUGACACACACACACACACACACACACACACACACACACACACACACACACACACACACACAUGGGUGAAAGACGGGAAGGUCUGCUCUGGACUAAAAGGUUAAUGGGGAUGCUAAGUAAAGAGUAAAUAAAUCAUUCUUUAACACACCCUGUAUGGGGCAGGGUUGGGGCCACAGGGACACCUGGAGGCACAAUACAAGAUGAAGAGUGUGAGUGUGUGUACUAGCCUCAAGCUAAGGCCAACGAGGCACAGACUAUCAAUACGGCUGACAAGACCGAUCGAAUCCCUGGUGGAAUAAGAGGGACACUGUGCACAGAGUUUAACGCCAACAGUGGGAUCUGAUGGAAGAUACAACAGUGUGUUUGGAACACGAGCCGACUUGUCCUGCCCUCUCACCAACCUCUUGGAGAUGAAGGGGACACAGAAAACCCCUUUCUUUCUGAGAACACACACACACACACACACACACACACAGACACACAUAUAUUUCAGCUAAACACACCUGCCCCACUCCAGGACUCUCCUGUUGCACUAUGAUUUCUUCGGUCAACCCAUAUGUUGUCUGAGCCUCCAAACUGCACUGCCAGCAUGGCUUAAAGAGUAGUAAACUACACUAGAGUAGUCGCUGACUAAAUGGAAAUUACUAUAUUUGUAAUAAUAGACUAGAAUUGAAUUGGGAGGCGGGCAGCUGGUCAGGACACAGAUCUAAGAAGCGUAUCAGCUCCUGCCCGCAGAUGUACAAACACUCGAACACACACACACACGGGGGGGGAGGGGAGUAAAACUACAGACUGUUUGUUAUUGUUGAUGUCAGUUAAUUGAACAUUCCAAAAAGUGGACCAAACGUGGCCGCCAGUUGAAGCCUAUCAGGACAAGAGUGUGUGUUCUAGUGUUUCUAGAUCUAGAGACAUACAGUACAGUAUAGCACCCUUGCUUCCUCUCUUAGCUAGCCUUCAGGUCAUACUGCAUGCUUCCUACUGCCCUGUGUUACAGUUAAACUCCUAUACAGGGUCAAAUAUGCACACACACGCACACAUAACAUGCACAUACACACACACACACACACACACAUGCACAUACGCAGUAGUCUAGGAUAGUAGUUUAGGGUGGGUGUGUGUGUGUUGAAGCUAUGAGAUAGCUUCUCUUUGUGCACUUUGUAGAUUUUAUACCCUGCCACCUAACACAGACGUUCGACCAAAAACACUUUUAUACUGAAAAAUAUGAAUAUUCUCAAUCAUUCGCUGGAUAGAUGUUUUCUUUUCUCUUAUUUCUCUUUGACAUUGGGUUUUAGGGCACCAUUAAGUUUCCAUUGUGAGGUCAGACGUUAUACAGUGUUAGAUAAUGGGUACAGCAUUAUACAGUAUACACAACAACAACUCUUAAUCUUUCUCUUCUUUUUUCACUUUUACUGUGCUCAUCCCUCCUUCUAGCCUUACCUUCUUCCUUCAUCAACUUUUGUUAAUUCUCUUAAAUACUCCUUACUUACUUUUUGCUCCUUCCCAAUUUCCAUCUAUUAUAGAGUAGAUUGAGUAUCAGAAGAAUAAAGUUCAGUCGUGGUGUUUAAAACUCAACAUAUUGUUGGAAAUCACUUUAUAUCACUAGUAAGAAUUCCUCUAAUUCAACACCGGCUCUCGUAGGAUACAGUACUUUUUUCUAAUAAUUUUUUAUGUU